CAACGGAAGAGGUAGGUCCCAGUGGGAGACCUAAGAAGUCGCUGAUUGGACGACAGGUCGUUUUACUUUUGAACCGGAAGUUAUGCUGGAGUGCUUCUUUUGAAUGAGAACCCAAGGAAGCGGGAACACAGUCACUUCGCCAUGUAUUGCCCGAACUGUGGAAAGGAGGUGGUUGAGCCGUCACCAAAUUUUUGCAGUAAUUGUGGCAAAAGGCUUGAAGAAACUUGUAUGGCGGAUACUCCACAAUGUUCAACACAACAGACUAUCCCAUCCUGCCCUACACCAGCCCUCAGCACCUUCCUUGAAUACAGAAAAAAGAAAAAUGAGGAGCGACAAAAAUAUUCUCUUGGGAAAAAGGGGUUAAAACAAAAGGACAAAAAGAAAGUUAGGAUAAAUAUUGGAUUGAUGACCAUUCUGAACAAUUGUCUAAACCACGGCGUGGAAAAACCAUUUCGGUUGCAACAAACCCAGAAGUCUCUGCCACACCUCUCCUCAGUCUUGCUAUUAAAAAAAUGAAGGACUUCAACAAAGAUGUCAAAGAUGGACCUUUCCUCCUUCUGUACCCAGAUGGGACAGAGGUUAUUAAUAUCCCUGGGACACAAACACCUUUUACCCUUGCAGCUUACAAGGCUGAAGUUGGCAAGACAUAUCAAAGGAUAUGUCUUUUCCUCUGCUUGAAAAGAGACUUUGAAGAAGUUGGAAAAUUGUCAGACUUGUCCGAUUCUGACCCAGAGAUUGUUAUUAGAAAAUCCUCCGACUUUGAUCUUGCUGAUACACUGCCAUGGGAACCUAUGGAUGAGAGCAGUCGUUUACAACAGGUGGCAGAAACACAUAAUGGUGUUGGGGAUCUUGCACUUGCAAAUGAAGUAAAACAGGUUAUGGAUUUGGAUGACAACAGCAACAAUCCAAGCACCAGUGAAUGUGUCCCUGUCCAGAGCUCCUGUUACAGAGACUACACCAAUCUCUUUGAGCCCAUUGUUAUUGAUGAUGAUGAUGAUGAUGAUGAUGAUGAUGGGAUUGAAUAUUUAACCGAAGACAAAAAGCAAGACCUGCCCCCAGAAGAACAUGCAGAAACAAAUGUGCAGCCACAUGAUAUUAUUGCAGAACUGGCCAUGGGUAUUGACCACAAGAAAGUCAGCCGGUUCAAUAUAUGUCGGACUGAUGUGUGGGAUGGAGCUGUUCGGGGCUUUCAGAGGAGCACAUACUCCGACAAGAAUGACAUGUUCAUCAAAUUUAACGAUGAUGCUGGCUGGUUGGAGGAAGGGUUGGACACAGGUGGCCCGAGGCGUGAGUUUCUCACGCUUCUCAUGGCCAUUCUGAGAAAUCGCCCGAUCUUUGAUGGACCCCCAGAAAGUCGUUACAUUGUGUGCAAUUCGAGAGGUGAGACAUUUUUUUGGGUUUGUGAAGUGGUAGUACUUCUAAAAUCAAAAUUUGCUGAAAAAUCAGCUUAUGUUUUUGUCAUAAGCAGAUCUAAGAUUUAAUUACCCACAGUAAUUCUGUGCUCUGUACAACAGCUGCCAGGGAAGAUGAGUAUUUUUUAGCAGGAAAGAUGAUUGCCGUAUGUAUUGUACAUGGGGGACCAGCACCACAUUUUCUCUCAAAGAACCUGGUCAACUA